AUGUCCAUGCAACAAGAUUUUGACCUAGUUUUCGGGAUGAACAUGCUGAACGAAAAAAGAUCCGAUUUGUCCCCUACUCUGGGCACACCCAAGAAUUUUGAAUUUACGACAGAGUCUGAUUCAACAUUGCUUCCUGAAAACCUGGAUUUGGGGAACGCCGAUGAUAUUUCACACGAAUCCGAGAACUUUUACCAAGGCUACGUCACGAACUGUAACGAAAUGAUUCUGGAUGAUUUCUUGAACUUAGACCAUUCUCAAGCCGCUGCCGCGAACGCAUACGCAUCGAGCGUCCCUGCUUUAUCUAGACAUGCGUCAGAAGUCCUGAAACCGGCCGAGACCAAAGUCGGGAAGGUAACCAAGAAUUCACGCGUUAAGCCUCCACACUCGUUACAGAGAAGAGCCUCGAUCGCUAACUACAGUAUCAUGAACCCUGCUUAUUACGAGUCCGAAUUUGAUUAUAUAGAUUUGAACUUGAAUUUGCAAGCGCUGUUGGAAAGCUUCCCUGAUAUCCGUGACAACCAAAAUAACACAACUAACGGUAAAGUGUUUAAAGAUGCUUUAGGAGAUCUAGAGGAGAGUAAGUUGAUCAGUAUCCCCACGAUUGGCACCGAACAGAACUCUGCUUCGAGUGAGAACAACUUGGACUCAGAUGGGUUGCCGGAGUCCCUGAUCAGCGCAGCAACAUCGCCAAUGUCGACAUUCAUUCAAGACAGCGACCCGCUAUCAACCGAUUUCGUCACCGCGUAUCAAAAGCCACUGAAGACGCUGAACACGGAAAAGGUCAAAGAUUUGAUGCUUUCACUACCAGACUACCCACCCGCACUAUCAUCAGUUUUAUCUUCUACUGUAUGCCAGUCACCAAUUGCAUAUUGUGCAACAGGUUCCACUUCUGACAGCACUACGAAUAGCACGCCGGUACAGCAAAGUAACAAGCUGAAUGUAACCACGGUGGAUGGUAAAGUGAAAGUGGAGGGUGGAGGUGCGAGCUUGUCGUGUCUCACUCCAGUGAGCUCGUCUGCGUCGUAUACUUCAUUGAUGAGUCUUGGUGCGUCCAAGAAGUCGACAUACAUAGCGCCUAAGGUGGUUCGUGCGAACAGCAUUCCAAAUUUGAAGCCCUCGGAGGUGUUGAACAACGGUAACUCUAUCCCAAAGACUAGAGGCCGUAAGCCCUCGCUCGUCGAUGACCCAAGCAAACAGUUUGGGUGCAAGUACUGUCCAAGGAAAUUUAAGAGGCAGGAGCACCUGAAAAGACACAUCUUAUCGUUGCACGUUGGUGAGAAGCGGUUUGGUUGUCCCAUCUGCGGUAAAAACUUCAGCAGAUCGGAUAACUUGAACCAGCAUAUCAAGACGCACAGUAACGAAAACUCGUGUCAGAAGAAAGUUACAAAGAGGAGGACAUCCAAGAGCACUACAAACUGA